UGGCAUGCGUCGCCGAUUCACACGUGUUGUUUUUCAGAUCAAUCUUGAAGCUCCCAGUCCGGUUCCCUAAAGUUAGCUUGCUAGCUACUUUUAGUUUUCAUAUUUCGACUGGAAAACCUAUUUAUAUUAAUAAUCAUUUACAAAGACAGACAUGGGCAAGAAAUUAAAAGUCGGGAAAACCAGGAAAGAUAAAUUCUAUCACUUAGCAAAGGAGACGGGUUAUCGCUCCCGUUCAUCAUUCAAGCUCAUUCAACUGAAUCGUAAAUUUCAGUUCCUGCAGAAAGCACGCGCUCUGGUGGACUUGUGUGCAGCGCCCGGAGGAUGGUUGCAGGUGGCUUCCAAGUUUAUGCCAAUCUCCAGUCUCAUCAUCGGUGUUGACCUGGUGCCAAUCAAGCCAAUCCCCAACGUGAUCGCUCUCCAGGAGGACGUCACCACAGAGAAAUGCCGACAGGCUCUGAGGAAGGAGCUGCACACCUGGAAGGUGGAUGUUGUUCUGAACGACGGUGCUCCCAAUGUAGGAGCCAACUGGCAGCAUGAUGCUUUCUCCCAGGCUCACCUCACUCUCAUGGCCCUCAAACUGGCCUGUGAUUUUCUGGCCAAGGGCGGCUGCUUCAUCACCAAGGUCUUCCGGUCCAAGGACUACCAGCCGCUGCUCUGGAUCUUCCAGCAGUUCUUCAAGAAGGUCCAGGCCACCAAGCCCCAGGCCUCGCGUAACGAGUCGGCCGAGAUCUUCGUCAUCUGCCAGGGCUACCUCGCUCCUGACAAAAUCGACAACAAGUUCUUCGAUCCCAAACACGCCUUCAAAGAGGUGGAGGUGCAAGCAAAGACUGUCAAGGAGCUGGUACCCGUGAAGAAGCCAAAGGCAGAGGGCUACGCAGACGGUGACCUCACUCUCUACCACACCUUCACGGUGACCGAGUUUCUCAAGGCCGAGAACCCUGUGGAUUUCCUGGGCAAAGCCAACGAGAUUUCCUUCGACAACCCUCAGCUGAGCUCCCAUCCCUCCACCACUCCAGAGAUCCAGGAAUGCUGCCGGGACAUCAAGGUGCUGGGACGCAAGGAGCUCCGGCUUCUGCUGUCCUGGAGGGGGAAGCUACGCAGGUUCCUGGCCAAAAAACUGAAGGACGAGGCAAAGCAACUGGACCAGGACAUCCGCUUGAGCUCCAGUGAAGGAGAGAGUGACACAGAGAAGGAGAGCAAGAAAAAGAGUGCCGAGAAGGCGGAGGAAGAGGAGGGUGAGGAGGAAGAGAUGGACAGGAAGCUGGCAGAGAUGAAGGCAGAGGAGGUGGCAGAACUGCGGCGCAAGAAGAAGAAGAUCCUGAAGGAGCGUCGGAAGCAGCGGGAGAGAGUAGAGCUGAAGAUGGACCUGCCUGGUGUCUCCAUCGCCGAUGGCAACGACUCCUCCAUGUUUUCUCUCAGCGCCAUCAACAAAGCCAAGGGUCUGUGGGAGAUUUCGAAGGGGGACAUGAAAGGGGCGGACGCCAUGUUGAAGGAGGAAGAGGAGGGUGAUGAUGAUGUGUACCUGUCGGACGAUGAGGGCGACCGCAUCUCCUUGGCCUCAGACCUGGACUCGGAUGACCUGGAGGAAAUCGAGGAGAGAGAGAAAAAACUGGAGAAGCCGGCACAAAAGAAGGUGUCCUUCAGUGUGGAGCCGGAGGAUGAGGAGGAGGAGGAAGGAGAGGGGAACGAACUGCUGGUGGAGCUGGAGGGAAAGGAGGAGAAGAGAGAUCGUGAAACCAGCCUCUGGUUCAGCAAGGAUAUCUUCUCCGAGUUGGACCUGGAUGCUGACGCAGAGUCCGAAAUCCGCCAGACCCAGAGGCUGCAGGACCGGGAGCCCGGCGGAAAAGGCAGAAAGAGGAAGGCCCCGGAGGAGCCUGCCCCUGCCGAACAGGAACAGGAACAGGAACAGGAACAGGAACAGGAACCGGAAGAGGAAAUGGCGGGGCCAUCCCAGGAAGUGGAGCAGGUGGCCGGGGAACAGGAGAGCGACAGCGAUUCUGACGAUGACAGCAGCAGCAGCGAUGAUGAGAGGGAAAUUGCCCGGAUGAAGAAGGGUGCGGGGAAGACUGGUGGCAGAGGGGGGGGAGCUGAUGAUGAAGACGCCUUCCAGGUGGUUCCAGUGGAAAGCACCAGUAAGCGUGCUCGCAUUCUGGACCCAGAAGGCCUCGCUCUUGGUUGCCAGAUUGCCACAUCCAAGAAGAGGAAGAGAGACCUUGUCGAUGGCUCCUUUCACAGGUUUGCCGGUUCUGAUGACAUCACGGAGGUGCCGGAGUGGUUCGUGGACGAUGAGAAGAAGCACAGACGAAAACCUGUGCCCGUUACCAAGGAGAUGGUGGAGGAGUACAAGCAGCGCUGGAGAGAGAUCAACGCCCGGCCAAUCAAGAGGGUGGCUGAGGCCAAGGCCCGCAAGAAGAGAAGGAUGCUGAAGAAGAUGGAGCAGGCAAAGAAGAAGGCGGAGGCAGUGGUGAACACAGUGGACAUCUCAGAGAGGGAGAGGAUGGUCCAGCUGAAGAGCAUCUACAAGAAGGCGGGCGUAGGCAAGGAGAAGCGGGAGGUGACGUAUGUGGUGGCCAAGAAGGGGGCGGGCCGGAAGGUGCGGCGGCCAGCGGGGGUGAAGGGCGUGUUCCGCGUGGUGGACGGGAGGAUGAAGAAGGACAUGAGGGGUCUGCAGCGGAAGGAGCAGAAGGGGGGAAAGGGAGGGAAGGGAGGAAGAGGCGGAGGGAAGGGAAUGAAGGGGGGUAAGGGGGCCCAGGGAGGGAGGGGGAUGAAAGGGGGUAAGGGUCGCCCAAAAAAGAAAUAAACGCACCCUACUCCCAACGACUCCUAACGACCCCUCUGCUCCUGCCCCCUCCAAAGAUGUUCCCUAGGCUACGGGAAUUUGUAGUUGAACGCUGCGAAUGUGGAUACCGAGACUGGAGGAUUGUGGGUACCCACAAUGCCGCACGGACUUUGCUUGGCAUCCUCUACCGUCAUGCUGAAUGACCACAGUUGUGUCCCACUGUUUGGGAAGCUCCGGCCAAAUUAAUUAUAGCAGUUUUGGGAAUUGCCUUUUAAUUCAAGGCAGGAGAACCUGAAACACCCAGGCUUGCCAGGUCCCCCGUGUGUGUAAUGAGGUCAUUGUUACCACAGUGUUUAAUGGAUGACUGCAAUCUUGGCCGAGUCAGGCAAAUGAACCCACAUACACACUCUCCGUAUUAGAAGUGUGCCGUCAAAUGUCUGUAAAUACUGUCUACGUCACAAUCAAUAAACUCUUUUCAAAUAAGUCA